AUUUGCUGCAGAGCAGACUUAAUGGCGGCAUCCUUGUUGCAAAGUUUGCAUACGACACUGUUAUUUAAGUAAAAUAAACAAGCUAAAAACGUGUAACUUGCAGGCUUCACAAUGCCAAGGGUGACACGGAAAACACUGACUGACAGUCCAACCCCAUCUCGGAUGAGUCCACGGGCUACCACAAAAGCAUCAACUACAAGUUCCCGGGCUUCUCUAUCCACCGCAGAUUCCCCUUCUCCCUCACCAGGCACAUCUACUUCCAGAUCUCGAUCAUCCAGAAGUAGAGGUGCUGAGAUCCGGUCAGAGCCUGAAGUUGUAGAUGUAGUGACAAAGCCAGCAAGAGGACGGCAACAGAAACAAGGUGAAGGAGAUGAUAAUGUCGUAGAGAAGGGUCGCAGUCGUAGCCGAGCAAAAGCUAAAGUUGAAGAAGAAACGGAAGAGGUAGCCGCUGAACCUGCACGGGCCAGUGGGCGUAGUCGGAGUCGAGGCAAGCCUGUUGAAGCUGACACUGACACACAAAAAGAGGCAGCUAAUAAUACUAGCAGUCGAAGUCGUGGUAAAGCAAAGGCUGAAGAAAGCAAUAAAGAUAAAGCUGUUGCAGAAUCAGGAAGGGCUGGCAGAAGUAGAGUGAAAGGACCUGCAAAGACACCGGAAGAAAAACCAGCAGAAACAGGGCGGGGCAGUAGAAGCAGGUCCAGCAAUAAUGAAAAGGCGGAAGAGUCUACUCCAACCAAUAGUAGAAGCAGAAAAGGUGCUAAACAAGUUGACAACACCCCUGAGGAAGCUGCCGAGACAAGCCAACCGAAGAGCAGAAGCAGAAGCAGAGGUAAAGCUGCUGAAAGUAAAUCUCCAGACGUUGAGGCUGACACAGGGAGAAGGAGCAGGAGCAGGGGCAAGCCUGUUGAGAGUUCGGUCAGUGAGUCUGUAGGAUCAAGUAGAUCGUCCAGUAGGAGUCGAACUCCCAAGCCUGCUGCAGAAGAUGUUGUUGAACCAGCAGUUGUGGAAGACAAGGGCAGGGGCAAAUCUCAGGCUAAUGGGAGCACCAGAGGCAGCAGGAGAAGAUCUUCAGGUAAGGUUGAAGAUGCUGUGCCAACUGAAGACACAGAGAUGACUCCUCCUGGUAGACGCAGUGGAAGAAAACAAGUCAAGACUGAAGUUGAUCAGACUGUUCCUACGAAGAAACGACAGAGUGGGAGGAAGAGCAGCACUCCAGAUAAUGACAGCGAGACGCCCAUGGAUCAAACUGACAAACAAGCUGUUGUUCAGUUGACAAAACUGAGAGAUGAUGAAGUUGAAUCGGAAAAUAAAUCACCAGUCAAAGCUGCUGAUGAAGAAGCCAUGGAUGAGGAACCUGUGGACAAAGAAGCUGGCAGUGGGAAAGUCGUUCGAGAUACCAAGGAGGAAGCCGUAUCGGAAGAGAAAGAGGAAAUCAAAAGCGUCCCAGAGGAAGAAAGUACAUCAGAGGAUAAAGUACCAGAUGAGCCAAUGGGAGAGGAGACGGAUAAAGCAGAAACAAAGGGUGAAACAGAAGUAUCUAAACCUGAAGAAAUUAAGGAAAAACCUGUUGAACCCAAAGAAAAAGUAAAGGCUGACAUUAAGGAGGCUGUAGUAACUAAAGAAAAGCUACCUGUCCCUGAAGACAAGGAGACUGAUAAAGUAGAUGGUGAUUCAGCAGCAGCUGAGCUGCCUAGCCAGAAAACAACACUGCCAGAGACUGAACCAGAACCAAUAGAGACCGACAAAUCUAAAAUAUCAGAAGAUAUCGUUGAAGAAAAAGAUGAGAAGAAAGAAGAAAGCAUUGUUGAGGCAAUGGAAACCGAUGAAGUCGAAGAGAGUCCAGCAAAGAAAGAGUCAGCACCAUGCAACGGCACUAUGCCGAUCCCAGAAGUCCCGGCAGACCCCGAACAAAGUCCGGAAAAACAAAAUAUUACAGUUACUGCAUCUCAUGGUCAGAAAAGAAAAUUAGAACAUGACGAGUCUUUUGAAGAAAAUGAGAGCAAACGUGUGUGUGUUGAGAGCCCAGUUACACAAGACACUGAAGCUGGUGACAUGGAGGCCUCACAACCAGAUGAUAAAGCAAUCGAGGAAAUUGAGUCCCGUACAUCACAGCAGCCAAUCAUUGAGCCAAUAUCUGAUGUGUCCAGUGCAGAGGAAGAAUCUACACCUGCUCCACAGGUUUCCAUCCAGGAGCCUGUUCUGGCAGAAAAGAGCCUGGAGCCUCCCGUUGAGAGCAUAGCACCACCUGUUGCAGAGUGCAAAGAAUCUCCAGUUGAGAAAAGCAAAGAGCCUUCUGUUGAGAAAAGCAAAGAGCCUUCUGUUGAGAAAAGCAAAGAGCCUUCUGUUGAGAUAAGGAAAGAGCCUUCUGUUGAGAUAAGCAAAGAACCUUCUGUUGAGAUAAGCAAAGAACCUUCUGUAAAGAUAAGCAAAGAGCCUGCUGUCGAGAGUAAAGAGGCUGUUUCAGGGGAGACAAGUCAUAAGGCUACUGAAGGGGUGACAAAGGAAGAGCAGCCUAAGCCAGCAGAUGAGGACUUGACAUCUGGCUAUGUUAUCAUCAGCAUGGACGAUGUACCCCCCACUGAUAGUGCAAUGGUGAAGGAGGCACUUCCUAAUCACACAAACCAAACUGAAGUAAAAGUCCCGGACGGUAGGUCUGAAGAGGAGAGUAUGGAGGUGGACGGGGUUCCAGCUGUCCCUGAACAAUCGAAGGUUCCUGCUCCAGCAGCUCCAGCAGUCACAUCCGAUAUUGCAAAUGGCACAUCUCAACAAAGUUCCAAGUCUGAUUGUCACCCAUCAGCAGAUUCUACACCGGUCUCAUCUCAGCCCAUUGAUAAUGCUAAGGAGUUGACCAAAUCAGAACCAGUUAUUCCGAAGCCUCUUCGUACCUUUGAUCCUAGUCCAGACAUUUUUCACCGUACUUGUGUACGUAAUCCAAACAUUGACUUAAGUUCCAUCACCAGUUCCAACAAGUUCAGUGUUGCAAGCUACAACAUUCUGGCCGAGUGCCAUCGGCUCAAGGGCGACUAUAGCUACACUGAUGACAAGUAUCUCGAGCAGGAGUUCCGCCAUCAGCUGCUGCUUCGAGAACUGGAGUUUUUGGAUGCUGACAUUUUGUGUUUACAGGAAGUCAACCCGAAGUACUAUGCCACACUUUUACAACCUGCUCUUCAAAAGAGUGGAUAUGAGGGCAGUCUUAUGAAGCGAACAAAGGAGGCUUUCGAUGAAGGGGAGGCAACUUUUGUCAAGACAAGCCGCUUCAGUAUAGAGUCAAGUAAAGGAGUCUCCCUGGCAGAUCUGUCCAAAAAGAACAUCAACGAGAGUCUGAACAAGGAAGUACAGCAAGCUGUGGAGGAGUAUUUGGAUCGAGCUGAUGUCGUCAACGUUAGUCGACUUCGAUGUAAACAAACAAACAAAGUCGUCACUGUUGGAAAUAUUCAUGUUGUUUGGGAUAACUUCAGCAGUCCAGAUGUCCAGAGUAUUCAGAUAGCGUCGGCUGUGAAGGAGCUGGUGAGUCAGGCGGGCAGUGACAGCAGCCCCCACUUCCUGUGUGGGGACUUCAACUCCACAGCCACAAGCGUGGGCUACCAGUUGGCCCGGGACGGAUACCUCUCCGACUCAAACAUCGCCUCCUUGCAGGCUGUGGAGAAUUUGAAGUUGGAGUCUGGAUCUAAGGCUUUGAUCAAUCACUUGUGGGGGGCCUUCCAGCACACCUCCUCCAAUCUGAACAGUGCAUACAACACAUGUCAGGACGGGGAGCCAGAAUUUACAACCUACACAAGUAACAUGUUGGAGGGAGUGGAUUAUAUUUUCUAUGGCAGCGAUGGACUGGGUGCGGCCGACAUCCUCAGGGUCGUGGACAGCUCAGUUUUGGAGGAAACGGGUGGGAUACCCAACCAGGACUUCCCAUCAGACCAUCUCUCACUCAAGUCAACCCUCUACUUUAAAUAGGUACAGGCAAUACUGACAGUCCAGCUACAUCACAGAAUUAGCAUCACCCUGGCUUCCUCUCAAAGAAAGGACUACAUUGCUUCUACAAAGACAGGGAACAGAUUAUUUAUAUUUUCUGAAAUAUUGAAGUAUUUGUCAAGGAAAUAUCCAGCUCAUGGUAAAAUGAAUUGGCUGAAUUAACAUGUCAGCUUUGUGUGUAACUAUAUUAUAGUUAGGCUUCCCAGGAGCUGGACGAGUGCUGAGCAAGUGUCAAUGAUUCUUUAUAUGAGCAGCCAUUUGCAGCUGUCUCGUUGGGUAUUCCAUAUUUCUUCUCGAGUUCGAACACAGUAUGCAGUUAGGGCAGAACCCACAGAUUGAUCUAGCAGCUAGUUGAAUGGGAAAAUGAUCUAGUCUAAAAUAAAGCGAAGUAUGACGUGAAAUAUAGAAGUCCUUAGAUUGGACCUGCUCUCUGUAGCAAGUUCACUGUUUCAGGUUGAAUGUUCACAGUUUUUCAUUAUCGUUAGUUGUUAAAUGAACUACCUGAAAAGUAUUUAGCGGUAUUCCUGGACUUGUUAGUUUGUUAAUUUUAUUUAGCAGUUGUUUGAAGGUGACGAUCAACACAAUCUUGAGACAUCACACACUGAUCGGGUGUAACAACUAUGGGGUGUUUUCACGUUUCAUGAAUAUUGCAGUAUUUUAUUACAUGUUGCAGUCGUGAUGUGAAUGUGAAAGGAAUUAAUGAAUAGACCAAAAUGCAGUAUCUAAUACAGAUAUAUAGAUAUUACUUUUAUCAAACUGCUCUCUAUUUUUACUGGAAUGUAAAGAACGGUAGUAACUUGCAGGUGUUGGUUAAAUUUGAAUUAGAACAUGUGCUGCUUUGUAAAUAUUGCAAAUUAUUAGUGCUUAGCAAAAUGAAGGCAUGUUACAUUUCGACUCCAUUUUGCAGGAGACGGAUGUCAGGACGUGUUAGGUUACAGAAGCAGUUGAAGAUACUCAUAUAUCAAUACCUUCAUUGUCCUUCUCUUACAUGUUGCAUUAUAAAUUGAACUUGGAUAUUGCAUUACACUGUGUGUAGUUUACACACCCAAGUUUUGCUUGUUAGGAAUUGUUAACUGUCAGGAAUGCAUCUUAUAAGCCUGUUAUGUUUCAAUAUGGUCGUGUAUUGCAUGGCACCUCCCCUAAGUUGUUACACCUGUAGUUGCUGGGGCAUACUAUGACUACAGACUGUAUUCUGUAUGCCAAGAUGUUCGCAUUACUGACUGUAGUAUUUAUGUCCAGCAGAUACUCUCACACAAGCUAUAAACCGUACGCCCCGCAGUGCUGUCAGUACAAACUAUAGUCUGUAUGCCCAGCAGUGCUCUCAGUACAAACUAUAGUCUGUACACCCAGCAGUGCUCUCAGUACAAACUAUAGUCUGUAUGCCCAGCAGUACUCUCAGUACAAACUAUAAUCUGUAUACCCAGCAGUGCUCUCAGUACAAACUAUAGUCUGUAUGGCCAGCAGUACUCUCAGUACGAACGAUACUCUGUACGCCCAGCAGUGCUCUUAGUACAAACUAUAGUCUGUAUGCCCAGCGGUGCUCUCAGUACAAACUAUAGUCUGUAUGCCCAGCAGUGCUCUCAGUACGAACUAUAGUUCUGUACAUCUACUGACUGAAAUAAAAUUUAGCAUCAACAUCAUGUACACCCGGUUAUCUUCCCUGAAGCCAAACAAUGACUCGUAUGACAACCUAUUUUUGUUACCAGAAUUACUGUUUGUUUGUUCAUUUCUUUAUUAUGAAAUUAGUAUUGUAAAUACUAUGGAAUAGUGUGUGCGUUGCCAUUUUGAAGUCACCUGGUUUCACCGAGACAUCACAAAAACACAGGAGCAGUAAGUGACACAUUUCCCUACAAACUUUUGCAUGCUGACACUAUAUGGCUCCUAAGGAGGCUUUAUCAAUACACCACCUCAUCUUGUGGACUGCAGUAUAACUUGUCCCAUUUGAUACAGAAUAAGCAUGUGUUGGGGUGAAAAUUGAAGUCCAGCUGUGAAACACAACCACUUGAUAUGGCUGGCCACAGUAGAGUCACAUGAUAUGUCAGUGCAGUGUUCGAAACUAUCUCAACUGGAAAUAGGUAGCUAAUUUAUUUUUGAAGGGCAAAAUCGUCUCCGCAUUGACAAGCAGCAUGAUUAAACUCCAUGUCAAGUCUUACACAGAAAUAUAUGGGAAAUUGUCUUGUUAUAUCAUACCAUGAAAUAUUAUGAAGUUGUUACAAUCUGCAUCCUCCCACCUCUCCCAUGAGAUGUCAUCUUGUCUUCAAUCCAAUCACACAGCAAAGACACAAUGCAAGUGUUCCCAGUGAAAUUACUGGUGUUACUUGGCUGGAAAGAGUGUUUGGUGCUUGUGUCUGCAUCAGCAACAUUCUUUUAGACGCUCAAACGUCACACUUAAUUCCCAGGUAGUUUUUCUUUUUUACUCUUAGCAUUAAACCCUGGGGCUUGUUCCACAGAGCGAUCGUAGCGCAACUGCUGUCAUAAGCCUGUGUUAAAGUAUGGGAGUUACGAUCACCAUAGUGCUGAGACUGCUUUGUGGAUACCGGCCCCUGCACUAGCACCAAUUCCAUUGCCAGAGAACCAGUAGUUGUGCUGUUCAGACUUUUACCUACUGCAUUUGAAUAUGUAAAGGGUUUCCAGCAACAGUCGCUGGUUCAACACUUUGCCAUUACAUGUGCUUAGUCAGGAUAGAUACGAUUACAGGUUACAUGCCAACUUGGUUUUGUAUCACACAUGCCUACUUUCUGUAAUUGUUGAAUAUUUUAGCUACAUUAGCAAUUUAUUCUUAACAUUUCUCAUUAUUUUAUGAAGUUGUUAAAAAGUGUUGUAAAAGGUAGAAAUGUUGGUUUAUAUCAAUUUCAUUUUAGACGAAACUGUUUUAGAAAUAAAUCUAGCUUCCAUGGCACUCCUCACAAAACGGUUUGUUAUAUCUAGACGAAGACAUUGCUUGUAUUUAGGUAUCUGAGUCCAAUAUUGGUGCGAAACAUUGUGGAAAAACUUGUACUAGAAUAAUUCGAGUUGUUGGUAUCUUGUUCGUGCGGGCAUGGGAAACAUCCCAUCUUAUUUUUUUAAAACACCGUUAAUACUUACAGGCAUAAGGUGCAAACAGCUUGACAAACUAUAUAAUAUAUUGCCUUAUUUUUAACUGCUUGUAUCCAGUACCUAUUGCCCACUUUGAAUUUGAGCCCAAUGCUUGCCCGAGCAAAAUGCACCUUAUUACCUUAAAUAGGCUUGAACACUGUGUAUUCCCAGAAGAAUUAACUGUUUAAUUGGCAUUCUAGAAGUUGGUGCGUGAAUAAAAACAUGUGCAACUGUAUGGAUAAGUUUCUGGUUCAUGCAAUAGCGAUAUUUAAUAACUAAGAAUCUACAUCGUAAAAUGUCGCUAAUGCAAUUAACCAGAAGUUGGUAUCGAUAACAUACGUUUCUUACCAAGCAGAAUUGUCUUCCUUUAUCACAAAGACUCUGCAUUAAUAGUUUCUGCUUGGUUGUCUGGUACAGUUAAAGGUUGGAAUAGGCAGGUUAUUUCCUCGAAGCUGUUAUGCUAUGUGCUGAUUCACACGUUCACUAUCCUAUCCUAUGCUUUUAUAUAAAUAGUUUUACCUACUCUUACUAAUCAGUUGACUAUCAGCUGCGUAUCCACUACCCAUUGGGUAUUCUUUGGCUGACUAUGUCCUCAGCAGGCUAUCAUUGUCUUAAGAGGUUAAUAAAACAGGGAUUUGUGACACCCAUGGCCACCAAGUGUGAAUACUAUUACCUUUGAAAACUAUUUGAAGACCAAAACUUUGCCAAAUUGCCAAAUUUGUGAGGCAUUACCUCAACACAAAUUGAUGCCCACACUUUCAAACGCUGGCUUGCCUUCUUCUGGCGCCUUAUUCUUUACAAGCAAUCAAGAUAUUGGCGUGUCUUGCUGAUCACUCCUCUGUCGCUUCUGUACCAAAGGCUACCCAGCCUCACUCAUUCACAUACUGUCUCCAUCUACCGCAGUCACAUAGACUGCAGUGCUAUCCCACAAGGACACAUGCCCUGAGGGUUAUAUAUGGCCCAGGGGCAGAGAGAGUUCAUCCAUCGAUGUCACAUCAUACAAUGCCAUCGUGUCGUGAGCAAGUUGCAGGUUUGGUAUUUUAUGUAUUGUUGUUAUAACAUUUUAUAGUAUUUCACAGGUUAAAGAAUUUUUUUUUUAAUAUGUAUUUUAGCGCACCAUUGUUCUUUAUAAAUCCAUGUUACGUCAUUCAUUACAAAACAAAUAUUGUAAAUAACUGAUUUGUAUAAUUCAGGAAAUGAAUUCUGUAUCUCAUUUAAUCUGAAUAAAGCAUUACUCUUUA